UCAACACUUCUCCAUACGCAUUAGAGAGCAGCAUUGUCGAGCUACUAGUUACUUAUCUGUAUAUUUCGCUGCUCACGUUUCGCGUGACCUCUUAACUAAUGGCGAGUAUUCGUAAAAAGCUGGUGGUGGUUGGUGACGGGGCAUGUGGGAAGACGUGUCUGUUAAUCGUCUUCAGCAAAGAUGAAUUCCCAGAGGUUUACGUGCCCACUGUGUUUGAAAACUACGUGGCGGACAUCGAAGUGGAUAUCAAACGAGUUCAGCUGGCUUUAUGGGACACUGCGGGACAGGAGGACUACGACCGCCUGCGGCCCCUUUCCUAUCCGGACACCGACGUCAUCCUCAUGUGCUUCUCUGUGGAGAGCCCGGACUCUCUGCAAAACAUCCCGGAAAAGUGGGUGCCGGAGGUCAAACACUUCUGUCCUAACGUGCCUGUCAUUUUGGUGGCGAAUAAGAAGGAUUUGCGGAGCGAUGAGAAUGUGAGAAGUGAGUUGUCCAGAAUGAAACAGGAGCCCGUGAGGACGGAGGACGGACGCGCCAUGGCUGCGCGCAUCGGAGCGCAUGAUUACAUGGAGUGCUCUGCCAAAACCAAAGAAGGGGUCCGGGAGGUGUUUGAAACCGCUACUCGAGCAGCCUUACAGAAGAGAUCCAGACCGCCCACUAGCUUUUUGAAAUGCUGCCUGUUAUUGUGAAUUAUUUAAUGAUGCCUAAAAGUCAUAAACUUCAUGAAGUCAUGAAAAGUCAGGUUCGAACCUGUAACCUCAACCUCAGCGGAUGAGCUUACAAUGCCAGAGACGAUUGUACAUUUGGUGUUUGCUUUUGUAGGUGUGCUCCUCAUCAGUGCAAUAUUUCAAAGCUUUUUAAAGUCAUAAGAUCCACCUUACAGAAGAGAUCCAGAUUGCCCACUGGCUGUUGAACUAUAGCUGACUUAUGCAAAGACAUUAUGGCACAAUGGUAUGGGUCAAAACUAAAGGAAUUGCUAAUGGAGUUUAUAUCAUCAUUUGGAACUAAUCUCAAAAGAACUGAAUAAGAGUUCAGUAUGAAUCAAAUAUGAUUAUACUGAUAUUUGUUUUCCAUGUUCAUUGGUCGCUGAAUUAAAAUGCACUUGUUGUAUUGAUGCAGGUACUCUCUCAGAACUCAAAAGUUCACCUGUGUUUUAUAUGACAACUGAGCCAUGUUUUAGAUGUACGCCACCAUCAAGUGUUGAACACAAUGUUAACUGUAAAUAUAGCACUGUAAUGCCCUGCUGUGGCAUUUUCUUUCUGUUUAUUUAAUGUUUCAAAGGCAAAAAUUGUCAAACAACAAUUGAAAGAGAGCAGUCUAAGUGUAUAUAAGUUUUAAGCAUGUAAAAGGGACCAAUUACUGUACAGGUCUUGUAUUCAGUUUGUUACUGUGUUGAAUAGGCCUCAACUGAACCAUUUCAAUGCUUUGAAUAAAUUAUUUUGUUUUAACAUUUGAUUAAUGUUACAUUUGCUUUUAAGCACAACGUAUUUAUGGGAUUUAUAAGUUAGUGCAAUCAAUAUUUCCUCUAAUUAAGGCUUUACAUUUUGGUCCAUGCUAUUUGAAUCCAUGGGCGGUUUUGCUUGUGAAUGACACUUAUA